ACUUGUAGACUUCACUCCGUUUACUGCAGCAACAACACCUCGAUCAACAACCAACAACACAACAACUCUCAGCAGCCUUAUGCAGUAUCUACCUCCCCUCCACCCCUGUCGCAAUAGCAAGCAAAACUAAAUAACACUAAUGGACAACUACAAGACGAUCAAGGCCCUUGGCCAGGGCACAUGGGGAGUAGUUUAUAUGGCGGAACAAAAGGACACGGGUCUGAUUGUAGCCAUUAAAAAGAUCAAAGCCAAGAAACAAGAAGAAGGCGUCGAUUUCACGGCCGUGCGAGAAAUCAAGCUGCUGCGCGAUUUUCGACACGAGAACAUUAUUCGCUUGGUCGAUGUAUUUGCGACUCCCGACAUGGCCGUGGCGCUGGUGUACGAAUGUGCACAUACCGAUCUCGAAAAGAUUUUAAAGAAUCUCUCCAUUCCCUUGUCCAUGGCCGAUAUCAAACAGCACAUACGAACUCUGCUGGUGGCCGUGGCGGCCUGUCACGAACGAUGGAUUCUACACAGAGAUCUCAAACCGGAUAAUAUGCUCUUUCUCAAAGAUGGGACCAUGAAGUUGGCAGAUUUUGGAUUGGCCAGAUUGUACGGGACACCCAAGACGCACCUGUCACCACAAGCUAUCACACUGUGGUACAAACCACCCGAGUUGUUAAUGGGAGCCUACGAAUACUCGUCUGCCGCCGACAUGUGGUCCGUCGGAUGCAUCUUUGCCGAGCUCUUGUUGCGGCGGCCCUUUCUGCCAGGACAAAAUUCAGACAUUGCACAACUCGACAAAAUAUUCACCGUUUUUGGAACGCCCAAUGAAACCAAUUGGCCCGACUACAAUACACUGCCGUUGCCUUGUCGAGGAUUGACAUGGGACUCGGUACCCGCUAUUCCCUUUGAUGAAAUCUUUACCGCCGCACCCAAAGAUGCCAUUUCACUGCUACGAUCCAUCAUGGUGCUAGACCCCAACAAUCGAUUUUCUGCGUCGCAGGCAUUGAGUCAUCCAUACUUCACCAUUGAUCCACCACCGACGCCCAAAGAGAACUUGAUCUUGUCGUCGUAGGUAUAUUUUAGUUGAGUCUAACUAGCCCACGAUCAAUCAAUCAAUCAAUCAAUCAAUCACACAUUAUUGCGGUGGUCUGAUAUACAAUCUAGCCAGUAAUAUCCUUCUUGCUUUUCUAACUGUAGACUUGACUUGUCUUGCCUUC